AGAACCAAGCCCAUUACAGCUUCUAAAAUUGGGGCAAAAACAGGGUAGUUUGAAAGAACUUGAGCCACUGAAUAAUCUUUAUACUUAAAGGUAUGGUUUUGAUCUCAAGUACAAGUGAUUAUUGUAUGUUUUGUUCAUUACUAGUCAAGUUCGUAUUUUUAAAGUUCUUGAAUUCUUGGGUUUUUGAUUUGAUAAUUACAUGUUGCAAAUGAUUAGUUGAACUCUAUAUUGUGCUGUCAAAUUUGUUGGGUAGGUUAAAAUUAGAGAAAUUUUGAUGUUUAUCUAUGUUUACUAAGCAUGCCAGUUUUCGAAUUUUUCGACCUGUGUUCGCUGUGUGUGGUAAUUGGGAUUUGGGGUAUGGAAGGGGCAAAAAUGCAUUUAAGAGAAUACAUUGCCUUCAAGAAGUUAAAAGAAGCAGACCCUUUAAGAAAUUUUACAAACCUGCUAAGAAAAACCGAAACUUUGAUAAAAAAGAGGAUGUCGAGCCAAAGGUUUACACGAAAGAUGUGUUGAGGAAGGUAUCGAACCUGUUGAGGUAUUCUACCUGGGAGUGUGCUCAAGAGGAGCUUGAGAAUCUGUCGGUCCGAUGGGAUUCUUACAUUAUUAAUCAAGUUCUUAAAUCCCACCCGCCGAUGGAGAAGGCUUGGUUGUUUUUUAAUUGGGCCUCUAAGCUACGAGGUUUUAAGCAUGAUCACUUUACCUAUACUACUAUGCUGGAUAUUUUUGGAGAAGCGAAGAGAAUUUCGUCGAUGAACCUUGUGUUUCAGCAGAUGCAAGAGAAAGGAAUUAGAAUUGAUACUGUUACCUAUACAUCGCUGAUACAUUGGCUGUCUAAUGAUGGGGAUCUUGAUGGAUCAGUGAAGAUGUGGAAUGAGAUGAGAUCUAAGGGGUGUCAUCCAACAGUUGUUUCAUAUACUGCUUAUAUGAAGGUCUUGUUUAAUCACAAUAGAGUGAAGGAUGCUACAGAGGUGUACAAGGAAAUGAUUCGAGAUGGUUGCACUCCGAAUUGUUACACAUACACGGUUUUGAUGGAGCAUCUGGCUAUAUCUGGUAAAUUUAAUGAAGCUAUGGAGAUAUUUAGCAAAAUGCAAGAAGCUGGGGUACAACCUGAUAAAGCUGCAUGCAAUAUCUUGGUUGAGAAAUGUUGCAGUGCAGGGGAAACAAGGACUCUUGCUAAAAUUCUUAAAUAUAUGAAAGAAAACUCUCUUGUUCUUCGUAAGACUGUGUAUAUAGAAGCUCAAAAAUUGCUACGAAAUGUUGGUGAGAGUGAUGUUCUACUUCGACAAGUUCAUCCUCAUUUUUCUGCUGAAUGCCCUCAUGAGGAUUCGAUGCAUAAUAUAGAUAAUACAACUACUGAAACCAAUUCCGUCGAAGAGGCACUUAUUUCGGAUAUGUUAACUAAGAAAAAGUUUGUAGUUGUUGAUUAUUUGCUCUCCGAGAUGAUGGAUAGGAACUUUCAUCUGCACUCGGAAAUUAUCUCUAUGAUCAUGGAGGUAUACAGUACUCACUGCAGGUUGGGUGGUGCUUUAUUGGCCUUCAAGCAUAGUGUGAAAACAGGUGUUUUGUUGAAGAAAACUGUGUAUCUUUCAUUAAUAGGUUUAUUAAUCAGAACAAACUCAUUUCCAGAAGUUGUGGAGAUUGUUGAUGAAAUUCAUAAGGCUGAAUAUUCCCUCGGAACACAUCUUACUGCGCUCUUAAUCUAUAGGCUUGGAUGUGUUGGAAAGCCUGUUCUGGCAGCAAAGAUAUUUGACUUGUUGCCUGAUGAUCAGAAGAAUACUGCUGCUUACACUGCCUUAAUUAGCGCCUACUUCUCAUGCGGGGAUUCGGGCAAAGGCUUACGAACUUAUGAAAUCAUGAGAACAAAAGGGAUUCCAAGUGCUUUAGGAACGUACAAUGUUCUAUUAUCUGGUCUUGACAGAUGUGGCAAAGUUCCUGAGUUAGAAACGUACCGAAAGGAAAAGAAGAGCCUCCAAGCUGCUACAAACUUUCAACAUCAACUUCCUGAAGAAGAAAUGAUAUGCAAUCUUCUUUUUGCCAGGAUAUGCUAAUUAGAGAAUUAUAUAUUCCGCAACUUAAGUGAUGCAUGCUGGAUCAUAUGACAGGUCAUCGGGGACAAGUUUCAUUUUCAUUUGCGGAUAAGAGCCCACCUGAAUGACCAAGAAGAAAAAUGUGAUUAAAGAAAGAGUAGCAGAAGUCCAUUAUUGACAGGAAAGCAGAGGCCAUGCAUGGUUGUCAGACAACUCUGUUGAAUGAGAUUUUCUCAUUUCUGCACCUGAUUUCUUGUAAGAAAUUGGUCGUUAGUAUCGACUUAAAUCACUUAUUUUUAAAUAAGUUGAACUAAUGUUGUAGAUGCAAUUGGGUUCAUCUCUGCCCGUCCUGAUCAGGACCAGCCUACUAUUGAUAUCCAUUGGUAUAACAAGAUGGGUCCAAUAUCAUAUACAUUA